CAAUCAGACACCGGAUGUGGCGGGGAGGGCGGGGCAGAGACGCACGCUUUCCCUGCAUAAAUUAACGAAAACCUGUACAGCCGCCCGUAACGCACACGUCUGGACGUUGUAACUUCACAGGGGGAGACGUUAAAAUAGCCAACAUGUCUGACAAGAAGGCGGUGAUAAAGAAUGCAGAUAUGUCUGAUGAGAUGCAGCAGGAUGCAGUGGACUGUGCCAUGCAGGCUAUGGAAAAGUACAACAUUGAGAAGGAUAUCGCUGCCUAUGUCAAAAAGGAGUUUGACAAGAAGUAUAAUCCCACAUGGCAUUGCAUUGUUGGGAGGAACUUUGGCAGCUAUGUGACGCACGAGACGAAGCAUUUCAUCUACUUCUACCUGGGCCAAGUGGCCAUUCUACUGUUCAAGUCAGGCUGAAAUCCAAACAUGCCCUCCUAAAACUACUUUUAAUUCAGCCGUUAAUACUUCUGUGCCAUGCCAUACAUUUGCUACUACCUUUCUGCAGGUAUGCCUACCUCCAGGUCUCCUGCUUGCUUCAGUCUGUUAUUGUUUGCCACCUACAACACUACCACCAUCGGCGGAUGGCGCUUUAAUCAUGCCCGGACUGGUGGUGUGCCAUUCAUAGAAAUUGCAGAUGUAAAACUUAUCAUGCCAGCACUCAGUCAGCAUUUGUGCAUCUGACAGACUCACCAUGAAUCAUAAUUUCCAGAUAUUAUUUCUGCUGUGUAUCGAUGCACGGCCCCUGUACAUUAUUUCAUAUUAAUAUGUUGUAUAAUAACUUAUUUUUCAAGAAAUUAAAAUGAGCAACAGAAAGUUUUUGUUGAAAUGCCUUUGAUUUUUCUGUGUCAACUGAGACUGAAUAAAAAUGCCAAGACUGUUGCUCAGACUUAAUAAAGAAUAUUACAUGCUAAGUGAUUUAAGGUUUUGUACAUGCUUUAACAUUCCUGUUCCCACUUCUGCUGUGAAUAUUUGUCACUGCUGUAUAUCUCUGGAAUGUAAUUUAGUGUGCACUUUGGUAUUGUGAUAUCUUCAACAUGUUGCGCGCAAAACAACUUUGAGACAGUAAAUUGCUUCAAAACGUG